GGGCGACUGCUGCUUUCCUGCUUCUUGGAUCUCGCUCGUCACCCCUCCCCGCGCCGCCGCCGCCUGCUUUUCUUCUUCUCCGCGCCGCGACGCCCACGCCCCCUGCUCGCCGCUCUUUGCACGCUCCCGUAUACGACCACCUGCUUCCUAAUACGCCAUGGCGGCAAACGCGUCUUCGAGUGCUAUCCCUACGGCGGCGCUGCCGUUUAACAUGUCUGAUCCCGAAGCGGUACUGGAGGCGUACACGCUCCUCGCCGCCGCAGUGCGCUCGCAGCUGCCCCCGCUCCAAGACACAUUCGGCGCGUACCUGAUCUGCACCUGCAUAGGAUGCAUGCUGUUUGGCUUGACCACGCACCAGACGUACCGGUAUUACAGGCUGUACCCAACAGAUGCUGUGAGCUUGAAGACCUUGGUUGCGAGUCUAUUAGCGCUCGACAUCCUACACACGAUUACGUCUAUACACGUCUGCUAUCACUAUCUGGUGACCAACUACUUCAACCCGCUAAGCAUGGGUACCGGUGUCUGGUCAAUACGACUGGGUAUCAUGGAAACUGGCAUGGUCAUUCUCGUCGCACAUUGUUUCUACGCACGUCGACUAUUUUUGCUCGGCAAUGGGCAUCUGUUCCCAGUAUCUGUCAUUGGAUUGCUUUUACUUGCCGAAGUCGGCUUCUCUUUAGCCGCAACCAUCGAGUCCUUCGUCCAGGUGUCAUUCGAUAAGUUCUUCAAGUACCAGUGGCUUAUCUGGGUAGUACUCGCUGUGGCGCUUCUCGUCGACCUCGUCGCGACCAGCAUCCUCACGUUCUACCUACGAAGAAGUCGCACUGGCUUCAAGAGGACUGACUCGAUGGUCGAUGUGCUGAUGGUGUACGGUAUCAACACUGGGCUAUCAACGAGUGUGCUCACCCUCGCAGCUCUGAUCUGCUCCAUCGCCGCCUCGCACACCCUCAUCUGGGCCGCGAUCACGGUACCAGCGACUAAGAUGUACGCCAACUCCCUGCUCGCCGUCCUGAACUCUCGACGCUCCCUCAUCGACAAGGGCCUGGAGGGCUUCGAGACGGGCUCGUUCGGCCUGAAGGUCAUCGACCCGCGCGCAAUCGACCGUGCAUCGCACGCGCUCGAGUUUGGACCCGCGUCGCCGCGCCUCAACGGGCGGCAGAAGGUAAACCCGACGCAGACGCUGCAGACCGUCAUCGACGUCAAGGUCACGCGCGAGACGUACCUGGACGGCCCAGGGGAGGCGGAGGCCGCGCGCGCGGAUUCUGCGCUCGAGUACGGCUCGGAACGCGGGAUGCGGCACCAUGGCUGGGACGAGUAGUUGCUGCUUUUCCGUCUGCCACUCGUACCGCGUCCCUGUAGUCUGAGCCCGCCACCGCCCUUCCUCCAUCCGCUGACGCCUGUCCCGGGUUUGGUCCUCCCUCACCCCUCCCAUUCCUCCCAUUCCUCUUCUUCCCACCACCGACUCUCCACCCCGGGUUUCCCCCGCCGACGCGGGUCGUGGCUGCGUAUUACUACAUGUUCUACUGGUGUUUGUGUUGGCGUAUUAUUAUGUAACUUCC